UUUCUUAUUUCUUUUUUUAUUUUUUUAUUUUUUUUUCUCUUCUCCUUCUUUCUCCUUAUCCUAGCCUUGAAUCCUGCAGAUUUGGGAAUAGUUCAUUCACAGACGACUAUACUAAGAUCUCGUUGCAUAAUCUUAACCAUCUUGUUAGUCAAACAGAAAAAGAUAAUGAAGAAGAUUAUGAACCCCCUCUAGAUUUGUUAAGAGCGGUAGAACGGGAAACUCAGGGUAUCAUGCCCUUUGAGGAACCGAUAGAAAUUGUUAAUCUAGGGACUGAAGAAGGAAGGAAAGAAAUUAAGGUUGGCACCAUCUUAAAGAAAGAAGUAUAUCACAAACUAAUCCAACUCUUACAUGAAUACAAAGAUGUUUUUGCCUGGUCGUAUCAGGAUAUGCCUGGAUUGGAUACUAGCAUAGUGGAGCAUAGAUUGCCCUUAAAACCCGAUUCUUCUCCGGUGAAACAAAAAUUAAGGCGAAUGAAGCCUGAUAUGUCAUUAAAAAUUAGGGAAGAAAUACAAAAACAAUUUGACGUAGGAUUCCUCGCUGUGGCAAAUUAUCCCCAAUGGAUAGCCAAUAUUGUACGAGUGCCAAAAAAGGAUGGCAAAGUACGAAUGUGUGUCGAUUAUAGGGACCUUAAUAAAGCUAGUCCUAAAGAUGAUUUCCCGUUACCUCACAUCGAUAUUUUGGUUGAUAAUACGGCUCGCCAUUCACUCUUCUCUUUUAUGGAUGGUUUCUCUGGGUAUAAUCAAAUUAAGAUGGCAGCUGAAGAUAUGGAAAAAACGACUUUCAUCACUCCUUGGGGAACAUUUUAUUACAAAGUAAUGCCUUUUGGUCUGAAGAACGCUGGAGCGACCUACCAAAGAGCUAUGGUAACCCUAUUCCAUGACAUGAUUCAUAAAGAGGUCGAAGUUUAUGUAGACGACAUGAUCGCUAAGUCACAAACAGAAGAAGAGCAUGUUAUUGAUCUAAAGAAACUCUUCAAAAGACUUAGAAAGUUUAAGCUAAAGCUCAACCCCUCCAAAUGCACUUUUGGGGUGAGAUCGGGCAAAGUAUUGGGAUUUGUAGUUAGUCAAAGAGGAAUAGAGGUUGAUCCCGAUAAGAUUCGAGCCAUUGCAGAAAUGCCUCCCCCGAGUACAGAAAAAGAAGUUCGCGGUUUUCUUGGGAGACUAAAUUAUAUUUCAAGAUUUAUAUCACAACUAACUGCUACUUGUGAACCGAUAUUUAAACUUUUACGGAAAAAUCAAAUAGUUGUGUGGAACCAAGAAUGUCAAAAUGCAUUUGAAAAAAUCCGACAGUAUUUGCAAAAUCCUCCAAUUCUAGCCCCACCAGUUCUGGGCCGACCCUUGAUUAUGUAUCUUACAGUCCUCGACGGGGCCAUGGGAUGCGUACUGGGGCAACAUGAUGAAACAGGAAAAAAGGAGCAUGCCAUUUAUUAUCUAAGUAAAAAAUUUACAGAUGUUGAAACAAGAUAUACAAUGUUAGAACGUACUUGUUGUGCCUUAGCAUGGGCGGCUCAUCGCUUGAGGCAAUACAUGCUUUGCCAUACAACUUAUUUGAUAUCCAAAAUGGAUCCAAUCAAGUACAUUUUUGAAAAGCCCGCUCUCACAAGGCGAAUUGCUCGAUGGCAGGUGAUGUUAUCAGAAUAUGAUAUUACAUAUGUUACUCAGAAAGCCAUCAAAGGGAGUGCCUUAGCAGAUUAUCUAGCUAAUCAACCUGUUGAUGAUUAUAAAUCAAUGCAAUGUGAAUUCCCAGACGAAAGUAUCAUGGUUUUGUCUGAAGAAUAUGAUGAUGGAAAAUGGACCUUAUUGUUCGACGGGGCCUCAAACAUAAUGGGGCAUGGGAUUGGGGUUGUUUUAAUAUCUCCAAAAAAGAAGUUCAUACCUAUCACGGCGCGAUUGUGUUUUGAUUGUACCAAUAAUAUGGCAGAAUAUGAAGCUUGCGCCAUGGGAGUUUUGGCGGCUUUGGAAUCAAAAGCAAAAGUUCUAGAAGUAUAUGGAGAUUCAGCCCUAGUCAUUAAUCAGCUUAACCAAGAAUGGGAAACUCGAGAUAAGAAGUUAAUACCUUAUUUUACCUACAUAAAAGAAUUGUCUUUAGAAUUUGACAAAAUCACGUUUCACCAUGUCCCUCGAGAAGACAAUCAAUUGGCUGAUGCUUUGGCUACUUUAUCAUCUAUGUUCCAAAUAAAUCGAAACGAUGAAAUCCCAUCAAUUAAAAUGGAGAGUCGAGAUUACCCAGCCUACUGCCAUGUCAUGGAAGAAGAAACUGACGGAAAACCGUGGUAUCACGACAUCAAACAUUAUCUUAUAAAUAGAGAAUAUCCUCCCGGAAUAUCGGAGAAUGAGAAAAGAACUUUGAGACGGUUAUCCGCGAGCUUUUUUGUGAACGAAAAUAUUUUGUAUAAGAGGAAUCACGAUAUGGUACUCCUCAGAUGUGUUGAUGUUAAUGAGGCGAAGGAAAUUCUACAAGAUAUCCACGAUGGCUCUUAUGGGAUCCAUAUGAAUGGACACGCCAUGUCUAGAAAGAUUCUUCGGGCCGGAUAUUAUUGGCUCACCCUAGAAAAAGAUUGUUAUAAUUAUGUAAAGAAAUGUUAUAAGUGUCAAAUAUAUGCUGAUAAUAUCCACGCCCCACCAGUGCCCCUGAACACCCUUUCAGCGCCCUGGACAUUCUCAAUGUGGGGCAUAGACGUCAUCGGAAUGAUCGAACCGAAAGCAUCAAAUGGACAUCGCUUCAUCUUGGUGGCAAUUGAUUACUUUACCAAAUGGGUAGAGGCAGCUUCAUACGCCAAUGUAACCAAAAAUGUGGUAGUCAAAUUUAUAAAAAGGGAAUUAAUAUGUCGUUAUGGUCUACCAAGCAAGAUCAUUACUGACAAUGCCACAAAUCUAAAUAACAAAAUGAUGGAUGAAUUGUGUGCCACCUUUAAAAUUCAACACCACAAUUCGUCCCCGUACAGACCAAAAAUGAAUGGUGCAAUUGAAGCAGCAAAUAAAAACAUCAAAAAAAUUAUUCAGAAAAUGGUUAUAACAUACAAAGAUUGGCAUGAGAUGUUGCCAUUUGCACUACAUGGGUAUCGUACUUCGGUACGCACUUCAACUGGGGCAACCCCUUUUUCCUUAGUAUAUGGGAUGGAGGCUGUGCUACCUAUUGAAGUAGAAAUCCCCUCGCUCAAAGUAUUAAUGGAAGCUAAACUAGAGGAGUCGGAAUGGAUACAAACGCGUUUUGAUCAAUUGAAUUUGAUUGAAGAAAAAAGGUUGGCGACCUUAUGUCAUGGGCAAUUAGAUCAGAAAAGACUGAAGAAAGCGUAUGAGAAAAAAAUACGUCCUCGAGAAUUCCAAGAAGGUGAUCAGGUGCUGAAAAAAAUCUUACCCAUUCAAAAAGAUUAUCGUGGGAAAUGGACUCCUAACUAUGAGGGACCAUGCGUCGUGAAGAAAGCUUUCUCAGGUGGAGCUUUGAUCCUUACGAAUAUGGAUGGAAAAGAUUUAGCUCUUCCUGUAAACUCAGACGCCGUAAAAAAGUAUUAUGCUUAA